ACCGCCGCCACCUACCUCCCCCAUAGACCGUUCUCCACUUCCCGUAGACACACGAGAACACGCUUGAGAACCGGCUUGAGGACACCACGACCGGCUUUCGACAUCUAUACUUACACGCUAGAUAAGUCUCUCCAACGACCGGACAUAGAUCGGAGAACAGCUAGAGAGCACACGACACUACACACCACACUACACGCUCCCGUCGACGUUUAGCUUCGAAGGCUUCAAGCUUUGCCAGCGCUCCGGUUGCUACGCUAGAGGAUCAAGAUCGAAGAGCAUCGGAGGAAAGGAAGCCAGAGCCUAACUGCUGCCGAUAGACCGCCUUUCGCUUUGACUCGGCGAGAACCCGCUCCGGAAACGCUCCUCUUCGGCUGCAGCCGCUGCCCUUGCUCGCUUUGCGACCUCGACGUCAACGGAGGAACGAAGAAUUCUGGGAGACACGCCAGCAGCUACUUUCUCUCUCUCUCUCUCACUAUCUUGCUGUCCAGCUAACCGCUAACUCGGCAAACUAAGCUGCACUGUCUCUCUGUAGCGACUAACCGCUCCCAUCGAUAACGCGCGAUAAAGAGCAGCAGCCGAUAACCGCCCGGUAUCUCGCGCGGUCUAAGAAUAGUUUAACAUCGCGAGCAGACCAGCGCGGUUUUUACACGGUGUUCGAUACGCGACAACGAAGUCUAGGCGAGCGCGGAUAGAUUCACGCAGUUCUUACCUUUGUUCUACGGUUACGCGAGUUUUACGGUUCGUCGUCGUCGUCGUCUUCGUCGUCGUCGUCGGCUUCGGAAAAGUCUACACGGAAGAUACAGUGAAGUGGAAGACCGACUGCUCGAGGCCGCGUUUGUGCUACUGUGAGAUCGCACGCUAAGCGAAGACAACCUUCCAAAGAUCAGCUGGUGCGAGUGAACGCGAUCGAGCAGGCCCGCAGAGGAAGAGGAUAAAUCAAAGCCGCCGAAAGCCUGCGCGCCCGCUGAGGAAGAGUCUCGUGGUCUUCCAGGACUGGAAGUAUGGCAAUGGUCAACAUGAAUAACCUACUGAAUGGCAAGGACUCCCGAUGGCUGCAGCUAGAGGUUUGCAGGGAGUUCCAGCGCAACAAGUGCACCAGGCCCGAUACAGAAUGCAAGUUCGCUCAUCCGCCAGCUAAUGUCGAGGUGCAGAACGGACGGGUCACUGCUUGCUACGACAGUAUCAAGGGUCGAUGUAACCGCGACAAGCCACCUUGCAAAUAUUUCCACCCACCACAGCACCUAAAGGACCAGCUUUUGAUAAACGGCCGCAACCACUUGGCCUUGAAGAAUGCGCUAAUGCAACAAAUGGGCCUGACACCGGCCCAGCCGCUCGUGCCUGGCCAGGUACCAACAGUGGAGGCACCGGCACCUCCGGCACCACACCAUCACCUUCAACAGCAAAUCCAGCAGCAACUUCUCGCUACCCACGCCUUUAUGGCGACGAACCCGUACCUGACCAGUAUGCCACAGGUUAGCAACACCUACAGCCCGUAUUUCGCACCCAGCCCCAUCAUGCCGGCGAUAAUGGGGCCAGCGGACCCGACCGGAGUGGGAAGUCCUCUCGGCGUGGUGCCGCAGACAGUAGCGAUGCCGCAGAAGAUGCCACGUACCGAUCGCCUCGAGGUAUGUCUACCACCAAACUACAUUCAACAACAACAACAACAGCAACAACAACAGUCACAACAACAGCAUGGGGCCCAACAAGGCGCAGCCGGGGCCUCGAGGUGCCCGAUGGCCGCGCCCAGUACCGUGUACCAAGUGCCGGCCGGUCCCCCCAAUCAAGUGUCGCCCGUUUCCACGAUGCAAUCUGUCAAUCAUCCGCCAUCCCCGACCACCAUCACCACGACCUCCUUCUGUACUCCCUUGCACAACCCUCACGCCCACCAUCAUCCGAUCCACAACCUGAUCUAUGUCCACGCGUAUUAUUGAAGUCGAUCGUCGAUCGGUGCUUUCUUUUUCUUUUCUUUUCUUUUCUUUUCUCUUUUCUUCUCUUCUCUUCUUUUUUCAUUUUUCAGUUUUCAUUUUCCAUUCUCCAUUUCUCAUUUUUCAUUUUUCGUUUACCAUUUUUCAGUUUUCAUUUUUCAUUUUUCAUCGUUCAUUUUUUCAUGUUUUACUUCUGCCGCAACUUCUUUCCGCCGUUCUUUCGACGGACCACCGUCCGACGUUAAGACUGGACGAGAGGAGACCAUAAGGAGCUCGUUCGUUUCACGUUUUUACCAAUCAGUCUAGACUUUGCGUAACGAUAGUCUGCUGAAUAUUUCGCUACGAGGUUCCUAAUCUUAGAAAUCAUUUCAAAUUUGUAUUCUCGUAUCUAUUCGCUACCAUCCGAAACUUUUGGAUCCCGGCUCUUCGAUAGAGAUUUCCUGUCGGGUUGUCUCGACAGCAUUUAUAAACAAGCAAUCGGUAGCAUCUUCUCGCGCCUCGCUUGUCGCGAACAAGGCGUUAUUCGUCGAAGCGAGAACGUCGCGUGUUUUUGAAGCUCGUUCGAAACACUUGUUCUCCUCGGUGAUAUCGCCCCUUGUGCAACGGUUUUUAUUGAUUCCUUUGAUAUCACGUUAUACGUACAGUGUGGCUUGAAAAUAACGAACAUCUUCCUUUACGUAAGAUGAACGGAAUGAACUCAAAGAAAUGUCCAACUUUCCGAUGGUAGUGCGAUACGAUGGUACUCGUUCGAUCAGAAAGAUAAUAGCGUUAUUCGAAAGAAAUGUUCUGCCCUGUUUAAAAUGAAUCGUAAAGCGUUCGUCGGUAGGAAAAAAGGAACCAAAGUCGAGAAGUAUUCGAUAGUUUGUCAUCGCUUAAGGUCGAGACCCUUUGAUCGGACUAUCCGAAAAGUCUAAUCGACACCAGCCGUCUCUUCGCGAGUUUACUUGCCGCGCUGGAAACGUUCUUUUCGAGCAGUUUGAAGCAGUUUGACUGGUUGCGUCGAUACGAAUUACUUGGAUUAAAGUAUUUUUUUAAAUAACGCGCAGGUUUCGUAAGAAAGGGGGCUUGUUCCAUGAGAAACUGAGAAUCUAUGUCAGGCGUUUGAAAGAAAGAAACAAAGAGGAAGAUACCUGGGCUGGAAAUUGAUAAUCGCUCUCGUCGAUUCUUCUAGGAAUGCAAGGAUGAGCAACUGACAGAAAGGUUAUAUAUUUCUAUAUACACAUGUAUUCCACGGCAGUGAGUAUAAUGCACGUAUAUUUGGUGGAGCAGGUGCAAUUGAAUCCUUUGAAUCUAUUCGGUUUCUUGAUCGUACGAACCUAUUGGUUGCCCGCGAAAUCUCUGCGGACUACAUCUGGCGUCGCUUCCUUUUUCAGUUACGACAGAUUCGAGUCACGAAUUUUCAACCGUUUCUCAUUCUUUUUUCUUCUUACUUCGGUACCACAUAGCGAAGGACUCUGCUUCUUCUCUAUACCGAGUGCAGUACGGUUUUCCCCCGUUAUCGUCACGCUCCGUAAGGCUUCGUCAAACAAUCGAGAAUAAUAUCGCGACGCGUUCGAAAUCCAUUAUUCAGCUUUAUCCAUUGUUACUUGAGUUUCGUGGCAUUGAAUUUCGCAGAGAACCUAACGAGGGAAUAUACCGAGCUACACGCGACGCCUAGCUUAUCCUUUUCUAUGCAGCGAGCAGACUUGUUCCAUCAACUGUACGAAUUACGAAGGUGGUCGAAGGUUUAGUUUUGUACGAAUCGUAUCGCAGGAAUAAAUCGGAGCUUCGUUUCGUCGCUGGGAACCGGGCCGCGCGCGCGGUUGUUUCUUCGAUCGAUCAUCGAAAGCGCACCGCGAUAUUUAACGACUGCGCGAAAACGCGCGAGGCGCACGGGAGAAGCCGCGUGAAACCGACGAUUUCACGGGUCGCUUGUAACUGGACGAAUUGGGGCGAAACGAAGCUCGUCAACGAGAAACAGAGGACGGAAGAGGAAAUCGCGUUCCCCGGUGAAGAGGAAAAGUGACAGAAAUAAGUGAAACUAGGAACGUUCGUUCGCUGCCGAGACGAGUCCGGCGAACGAACCAUUUCGCGUGUGUGGCUUCACAAUUGAUAUGUACUCAUAGUAAUUUACCUUAUAGUUAUCGUAGAAUUGCGGCGCAACGUUUCGAUUAAGAGAAAACAUUACACGAUUUAGGGGUAGAGCUCCGACCAAGUCGCGGAGACUGGUCUCGUGGAGAUUGUACAUUGAUAAGGUUAACUCAUACUAUAAUGGCAACGACGAAACCGUGAUGAUAAUUACGAUUAUAUUACUCGAAUAUUAAAAGUACACGAGUGUGGAAUCAUGCGGGAGGGGAGGGGGGCGAAUAGCUAGGCUAUACUCGAGACUGUGCAACGGGCUUCGAUGACAAUCGUUUCGAGGAAUUAUUAGGAAUUCUAUUGUGAAUCCAGAUCGGGUCGGAUCAGGUCGUGCUUGUACCUCCAUCGUCGAGUGUGAUUUAUAAUAAACUAGUCUCUUUUUAGGUCGAUUCGAUUCCAACAUAAAUCAGAGUUGGGAAAUGCCUCGGAAUGAAAAGUACGAAAGUAACUGCUGCCACUCGACGUCAGUUACAUUCGAUGAAAUUAAUUUCGUUUCUCGAGAGUCUCCGUCGAACGUUUUUCGGACGAUAUCGCCGGCGACGCGACGAGUUUCGCGUAAGAAAACGUUUUAGGAGGAACAAUAAUGUUUCUUAGCCGCUUCGAAAAGUUGGAUUUCAGUGAAAAGUUUCGGUCUGUCGUGGAAACCGCCGUAAGUUUUCUAAUGUUCGAGUUCACAAAUUUCCCCGGAGCUUGUAUCGUUUCUUUCUCCCCCAUAGCGUUCGCGAAAUUAACAAGUUUCGCGCAGCAGUUUCGCGAGAAAAUGAAUAAAAUCGGACGGAUGGGGUGAUAUGGACGCGAAACUCUUGCAGUUCGUUCCGCGGACCGGAACUCUCCCUUUUUCAACAAGAACGAACAAGAAAUGGCUCUCUUCACGAACGUCGAAUCUAAUACGUUUUCCAUGUAUUCGAUUGUAACGAAUCCGUCUAACGGCAACGGUAGCAGUAACAGAAAUCGAUUUGUUUCAUCAACUUUUCGGCUGCUUUUUCAUUUCCGAUAAAUUCCCAGCAGGACAAACAGGUCUCGAACCGAUAUUAUUUCAGCACACGUCAUUCUCGCGCGAAUUUGAUUACUAAUUUACACGUCUAUGAUAUUUACACAAUCAAUUGUACCUGUGCGUAGACCGCACAGUCUAGAUAUAGACUGAAUAAAAAGAUGAGAAAAUUCCCUUGUAACAUUGUUCCUAAAAGUCCGAAGUUGUUAGUUGUUGGUCGAAUGAAAAGUGAAGACAUAUUCUGUUAAUUUGUGAGCCUUGAAAAAUAAGAUUACUAAUAAAAGAUUAAUUCCACGAAUAAUUUCUCCAUCUCGAUUUCUCGAGGAUCGUUGCGCAUUUUUGUAGCCGGAAAUUUUAACAUUUUAAAGAAUUUUCGUUCGUGUACGUAUGCAGAAACACGUUUCCGUAGGCCGAACCGGGCAUGCAUACGUACACGAUGACACGUGUACAUAGUAGGUAGGUUAACAAAUUAAUUGUGUUUCUUAUCGCGGAGAAGAACAGCCGAAAACAAUGGAGAAGUCUCUGGUCGAAAAUACCUCACCUUAUCAUCGUAUAUUUGGCCGAUUCGCAUCGUUUCGCGUACUCGAAUGAUCCGAACGAUUCGAGUGGUUCGAAUUGUUCGAAUGAUUCGAGGAACACGAGAAGAAUACAAAAGAGAUCGUGAAAUGUUUGGUAGUCUGAAAAAGUUUCCAGCCUGGGAUAACUUGUAGCAAUGACGAGAUAGGUGUUUUCCGUUUAAUAGGAAUAUAUAUAUUUCUGUUUGAUUUCCUUUUGUACGCAGACUUCAUUAUUGAUCGCGUUUCGACUUUUUCCUUACAUCCUCCCUGUUGUAAUUCCUUCGCCAAGCAACACUCUUCGGGAUUUUCGUACGUCCGCUGGUUCUCUACUCCGAGAACUGAUUACCGACGAUUAGGAUCUAACGAUUAAGUAAACUCGGAGAAAGAAGAAAAGGAAAAAAAAGGAAAAAAAGUAUAUGCAAUGUAAUGUCGUUAAUUAUUAACUAUUACAAAUAGAAUUCGGAUGAUAUAUCGAUCGAUCUAUCAACUAACCAGAAUUGGUCUUACGGUAAUUAUAUUAUUAUAAUAUUUGGUAAACGUACGAUAAUGAAUGAUAAUUACUAAUUAGUAAUCGUAAAAAUGAUAACCUAUUUGUGAUGUAAUACUUGAUGACUUGCACUAAGUUCGGGUCACAAUGAAAUUUAUUGAGCGAUGAAUUCAAAUAAAAGAAAUAUAAUUGAAAUUGAAAACAAAUGCACAGACUACAUUUAUUGAAUCUUUUUUCUUUUAUGUUUACUCGACGACCAAACGAGGAUAAAGAAAGAGAAAAAAAAGCAAUACGGGAAAAAAGAAAAGAAGCAGAAGAAGAAGCGAGAGAAAGAACAAACGAACGAAAAAGCAGGAGAAAAAAAAGAACGAAAGAAAAGCAGAUGAAUUUUUGUGUGCUUUUUGUGUCUGACCUUUUUCAGUUUCUUCUUUAUAUAUUUAUAUAUUUAUAUAUUUAUCUUCCGUUUCCUCUCGAUGUACGAUGCCUUCUCGCUCUCUUAGUUGAUGGAACUUGUGCGAAUUGUACACUCAAACUGUAUUAUUACUAUUUUUCUGUUUUUUCUCUUUUUUCUCUUUUUUUCUUUGUUUCCUCUGUUUUCUCUGUUUUGUUUGUUCGUUUCGAUACAGUUGUAACGCUUUCCUCUUCGAAGAAAUACGAACGUUUCCGUGGCACAUACUCCGCUUGCAACAGAAAAGAAAUAGUUUCUGCGUAAAGUGAUGUUUCCUUUGUUACCGUUUCUUUGCCUCUUAGUUCUCUGAUUGAAUUUCUUCAAUUUUUUUCUUGUUUUCCUUCGAUCGCCGAUUUACCGUGCUAAAAUACCAACGCCACCGGUCAGGUAACUCGAACAGAGCCGAGAAACUUUCCGCUAGCUCUCUCUCUCUCUCUCUCUCUCUAUCUCUCUCUCUCUCUCUCUUUCUCUUUCUCUCUCUCUCUCUCUAUUAACGAUAUUUCUGCGUUGAACGACGAACAAGAACCGUGUCACGCCCAUCUCACUCUGUCUCUCAACUGAAUCCCGUCUGGAUAUCUCGAUGCUCCUCACAAUCUCCAACCCUUUCAUCCACGAGGAAUCAAAAAGAAAAGAAAAGGAAAGAAAAUAAUUUACAUAUCUCCCUCAGGACGUUACUUCAUUGAUGGUUUUCAAAUUAAUUGCCUGCUGCCUGUUUACAUAUAAUAUGUCAUUAAUAUUCGAUAUAAACAUGUUUGCAUUUUGCUACUUAGAUAUCUUAUCAUUAAUCAUUUCCACCCCUUGAUUGGACGAGACCGCCUCAGUGGUAGAACAGCCUACGGUACUACUAAUCGAGAGAGAGACGAUACGAAUGUCUCUUCAGCGCGACAUUCUUCGCCACGCAGCGACGCUUGCUCAAUCAAGGAGGAAGCAGAAGCGGUAGAAAGUCGAACAAUCACGUAUAAAUAUAUGUAUAGGCGAAUAUACAUAUAGGUAUACACGUAUACAUAUACAUAUACAUGAAUAUAUAUCCUAUAAUCAUCAGUAGUGUCAUGAGCAUAGUGACUGGAACGUAGUGAUGUCCAUUAAUAUUAUUUUUUCUCUUUCAAACUAUUCGCAUCGGUGUUAACCAACUCUUUUACGCCACUAGCACACUAGCGAACGACUUACCGAAACGUUCUUUACUGUACAUACUACACAUACAUCGUAUAGUGUCCGUGAGGUUUCUUUUUCACAGGCCGGCACUUCAAACUAGAGGUCCCCCUUUAUACUGUUUCUUAAUCUGUUCGAUACAGUGGUGUUUUCCUAUUAGUCCGUUGCACGCGAGAAACUGCCGAGUCGCCGUUAUUCGGAAUUCUGGAGAAUAAACGAAAGGAAAACGAACGGACUAAUCUCUGACACCGGACUAGUCGAUCGACACUACUGUUCGUUUCUUUUCUUUCGAAUCUCAACCGGUUCUCGUAUCUUCUCCCCUGUUCGUUUACUUGUUUGUUACUUAGUUUGCCAUCGAUCCACCUUCUCGACAACAAAAUUCGUUCUUUCUUCCGUAGCAGUACAUGCAAAACAUUUUUACUCUGUUGUUGGCUAGCCCGCUGCUGGCGCCGCAGUGCUUUCCCAGCCGAUCGGUUUUCAUUUCGAACAAACUCAAUCUGUUUAGCACACUUUUCGAGUAUUUCUUUCUUUCGUUCUUUCUUUCCGUUUUCCUUUCUCUCCUUUUUGCUUGAACUCGAUCGUAACGCUGGGAAAGUAUUGGUCGUACAGGCGUAACUUGGCAACGUAAUUGCACAACGCUAAUGCUCUUUACAGCUUUCGUAAUUUUCUCCGUGUUGAUACAUAUAUACGUAUAAAGAUGCAUACACUUGACGAGAGAAACGUAGGCGUGUCUGUACGUAUAUAUUUAUUUGUACGUAUAUACGCGUCUCUGUACGUCUUCGAGAGUAUAGUUCCGACUGUUUCUACGUAUAUAUGUACAAACACCUAUACAUAUAUAUACACGUAUACUUGUGUCUAAUUUUUUCAGCGCCAGAUUUAUAUAUUUAUAUAUUCGUUGUUAUUUUUUCUGUUUUUUGCCGAAAGAAAACACUUGUUUACUAAUUCUAUUAAUUCUUAGACGUGAUCUGCGACUUAUUGUGUUUACUUUUACAGCUAGGAGGAGGUGCUUUUAAAUUAUGUAUACGAUCGCAUGCUGAGUUUUUGACAUUUUAUAUGCAUUCAUCCGCAAAUACGUAUGUAUACAUAUAUGUAUUAUCCGAUACAGACAGUGCACGCCUAUAUAUCUAUAUACAUACACAUGCAUAGACAUAUAUAUAUAUACGUGUGUACGUAUGUAUGUAUGUAUUCGUACACACACGUAAGGACACAAGAUUGCAACACGUACACAGGUACACGCGACACGCACGCUUACACUCGCACUUACACAGAAUACUAUCGCCAGCCGACACAACACACAGAAAGACACAGAAAGUACACGAACAGCGACAGGACAAUGUAAUUACUUUUCCUCUUCGUACUAUGUUACUUUGAAUUUUACGUGUGUGCUUCAGCGGGCAGAAUGUACCUUUUAACUUACUUUACUUUUUGUCUCGUAUCUUUGCUAAUACAACGCUGGGUAACAUAUCCUAAACGAUCUGGCGGAAAACGACGCGCAUCAAGCGUGUACGACGAUGCGCGUGCCGUUCACCACCGGGGCAAGUAUUUUCGCCGGUGCGAACAGCUCCACCUAAAUACCUGUGUCCGUUUCGAUCCAUUAGAGUACCGAAUGGUGUAGAACCUGAGCGUACGCGAGCACACAUCAGAGAACACACAUAUGCGCACACACGGCGGCGACAACGCAUCGGUGAGUGUGUAUGCGGACGAUUUUCGAUUCGAAGCCGCGUGUUUCCAGUUUCUUUCUCGACGCAUCUCUUUAGCGUGAAGAUCUUCCAUGACGCGGACCAACUAGUUUUCUCAACCGAACCGUUCGCUGAACGCUGUUCGCGCUCCGUUUCCGAUCGGCGGCCAUCGGUGCGGCGGACGCUGCCAGGGACAGGAGACGGAGCGCUUUCGGUUAGGUCGAAGAAACAAUUCGGAUUUCAAUUCUAAUUCGCACGAUACGCCCAACAUUUCCUUGUUCGUCCCUGAAAACGAAAAUGGAUCGCAUCCAUUCGGAAAGUUCCUUGAAGCCUCUAUUGGAAACGGAUAUUCUCCCCUAUAGAAACCGCAAUUAAUCUUCGCAUAAGCGUAGUUUUCCGCUUUCUCCGUUUGUGAAAAUCAACGACAAAGUGGGAACAGACACGCGGUGAAUCUGGAACCGCAAGUAUUUCUCGCUGAAAGUAUAUUUCGAAGAGAUCAUUCGUCGUGUCCGUUCUCUUUUUCUUUCUACCGUUUUCUCCUGCAGCUCGCCCCGACCACACGCACUCUGUUUCUCCCUCUGUUUCCCGAACGUGUCUGCACUGUACACAUUUCUCCGUAUCUCUUCGUGUCUCAAUCUCCGUGUACGAUCCGUGCAUCGCCUGUGUGUGACUAAACAUGUAUGUACCUGUGGUCGCGUGCGCGUGUGUGCGCGUGUGUGCGUGCCUGUGCGUGCGUGUAGGUAUGCGUGCAUUUUGUUAAAUGUUCGAUUCCCGUGCGCGCGUUUCUAACGAGUUUUCGGGCUUUCGGCGAAAGCGCGCGCGCUCCCGGCCGAGGAGGUCGAGAGAUCGCGUGCCCACGAGAGUGUUCACGCGUCUCAACGGAAAUAGAACGGUAUAUGGACGAAAAGAAAAUGAAUAUGAAUGGAAAAGCAAGCAAGUAAGGAGAGAAAACGGAAGAGAAGUGAGCACUGUCGGCCCGUUUUGCGCAUGCUACACUCGCUCGCUUGGCUGUCUCACCCUCCUAACACACAAUCGCCACCGGCAGUUCAGCUUGCUAGGACAACCUUGCCAAAUUGAUCCACGCUUGAUUUUCUGUGUACGCUUCACUGCAACACACACGGAAGACUCGAAUGCGUCUUCCGAAUUCCACGAUUCACGAUGCACAGAGGGGAACGCGCGACCUAACCUUCCUAAAAGUUCAACGUUAUUCCGAACAGACGGUUCGUUGUUUCACCUAUGUUACGAUUCGAGUAUAGAUUCGCGUCAAAGUUGCUAAUUUCUAAUUCCAUCGUUCUCCGCACGGAUACGUUAAUCGUAUCGACGGUGCAACGUACGCGAUUCUCUCGAUAGGCUGGCGUACUCGAAUUCCUUCGUUUAGAACCGAUACGCUUUUCGGGAUGCCUGUGCAUCGUGACGGAAAAGAAACAGCCGAAAAUAGUAAGUGAUGCAUGCCUGAAAAAUCCUCUAACACUUGUGCGAAUUAACCCAAUUGAUAGAACAUUGAGAGGAUGCCCUCUGUCGCGGCGUCCGUUGAACAACUCCCCCAUUUCCGCCCCUUUUGUUUCACCUAUAAAAUAGCCGUCCGAUACUCCGUGUCCUCUGACCUUAUUGGGCGGGGCGAAGGUACACCGAAACCAGCGAGCGACGCCUAUUUGACAGAACACGGUAUUUAGAUCCACCUAGUAGAGUAGUGAUUAGAUGUGCUCUUCUUUUCUGGGCGUUGAUAUGGCCCAAUCUUUGACAUUCUCGCAACCUAGUUACGAUCGCGCGACUCGAUCUCGAUCUCGAGCUUCGCGAGUUCCGAAUAUUUCAAUGUAUCCCGAUCGAUCCGACAUGGAAUUUUCAUGAAAAUUAUACGAAUGCUCGAAGCGCGAGAGAAGUGUGUCAAAAUAAAUCUUUCAGACGAUGUCAGCAGAUCGGGGUGUCGUAUUAACGGCCAGAAGGAACAGAUGACGACUGAAACAAAGUCAGGCUGGCUGUUCAUACUUCGAAAACAGACCCGACUUCCAGAAAUGGGGCGCUCUUUUGUAUCAUUCGAUCCUCCCACUACUCUGUACAUUAGUCUUUCUCUCUUUCUCUUUCUC